CCGCCCAGGAUGUCGUUGGCUACCCGCGCCGGGGCAACGAGCGCAGAGAGACGGCAGGCGCAACACACAGAGCGACCAAACAAUGUCCACCUGCAGAUGGCGUUGCGAACAAUCUGAGAUAGUUCAAGAUUGUAGUCCGCAGCCCAUGCAGGGAGGAACGAUCAUUAAAGAAGGAAGUGCGAGAGCAACACGAUAGAUACAGCUACUUCACUGCAGUCGUCGCGCGCUAUUGCCGUCCGCCUUCAACCUUAACUUUCGCACAUGACGGCGAACCAGAAGCCUAUACCCAAUCGGGCUCCUCCAUAACCACUUACACCAGCUUCCGUCACUCGAUCAUUCUCCACACUACUACGGCUUCACCCCGUCCGCCUCUCACGACAUCGUACUCUACACGUCCUCCCUCGAACGCCGGGCUCGUUCGCUGCGAGAGAGAGAAUUAUUCACUCGCCAGGAGGGCCCCUUCGGCCGCUCGGAGCAGGGCGAUACAAUCAUGGCGAGCCUCUGUCGCAGCCUCUUCGGCAGCUGUUGCGGUGGACGAAACAAGGUCGACUACGACAAUGUGCUGCGCGACUCGGAAAGAGAGGCAGUCGCUGACCUCUUGAAUUACCUCGAAAACAGAGCCGAGACGGACUUCUUUUCCGGCGAGCCAUUGGCGGCGCUUUCAACGCUCGUAUACAGCCAGAACAUUGACCUUCAGAGGAGCGCCAGUUUGACCUUUGCGGAGAUCACAGAAAGAGAUGUUCGGCCGGUCGAUCGGGACACACUUGAGCCCAUUCUCUUUCUUCUGGAGAGUACAGAUAUUGAGGUACAGCGCGCCGCUUCAGCUGCGCUAGGAAACCUCGCUGUAGAUGGCCAAAACAAAACCCUCAUCGUCUCUCUCGGAGGAUUGCAACCACUUAUUCGCCAAAUGAACAGCGUCAAUGUAGAGGUGCAAUGUAACGCCGUCGGCUGCAUCACAAACCUCGCAACUCACGAGGACAACAAGGCUCGCAUAGCACGAUCAGGUGCUCUCGGACCUCUUACACGCCUUGCAAAGAGCACGGAUAUGCGGGUACAGCGCAACGCAACUGGAGCUUUGCUUAACAUGACUCACUCAGAUGACAACCGACAGCAGCUUGUAUCAGCCGGCGCAAUCCCGGUGCUGGUCAAGUUGCUGAGCAGUCAGGAUACGGACGUUCAGUACUAUUGCACAACCGCACUCAGCAAUAUUGCAGUGGACAGCACAAACCGAAAACGCUUAGCACAAUCUGAACCACGGCUAGUACAAAGCCUGGUACAGCUGAUGAAGGGACAGGCACCCAAGGUGCAAUGCCAGGCUGCGCUCGCGUUGAGGAAUCUUGCCAGCGAUGAGAAGUAUCAGCUCGACAUUGUCCGCGCCGGCGGAUUACCACCUUUGUUGCAAUUGCUGCAAAGUAGCUAUCUGCCCUUGAUUCUCUCAGCGGUCGCUUGCAUACGAAAUAUCAGCAUCCACCCCAUGAACGAAUCGCCAAUCAUCGACGCCGGUUUCCUGAGACCAUUGGUGGAUCUCCUCGGCUCAACCGACAACGAGGAAAUUCAAUGUCAUGCUAUAUCUACACUUCGCAAUUUGGCUGCUUCGUCGGACAAAAACAAGCAGUUGGUGCUGCAAGCUGGGGCUGUACAAAAAUGCAAAGAGCUCGUGUUGAACGUGCCUCUGAGCGUGCAAUCGGAGAUGACUGCUGCCAUCGCUGUGCUGGCGUUAUCGGACGAGCUCAAGCCCCAACUUCUGGAUCUCGGAGUGUUUGAUGUGCUCAUUCCUUUGACCGAGAGCGAGAGCAUCGAGGUUCAAGGCAACAGCGCUGCCGCGUUGGGCAAUUUGAGCAGUAAAGUUGGCGAUUACUCUUUGUUCCUAUCGUCCUGGAACCAACCUGCAGGCGGCAUUCACGGUUACCUCAGUCGUUUCCUCGCCUCGGGCGAUCCCACAUUCCAACAUAUCGCCAUCUGGACUCUUCUUCAACUUCUCGAAUCCGAUGAUCGGCCGCUCCUGUCUACACUGAUUGGCGCUGAGGACGUGAUGCGCGUUGUCCGGGAGAUCUCUGAGCGCUCCAUUGAGUCAGAGGACGAGGGCGACACUACCGACACCGAUGAUGGCGAAGCCGAACGCGAUUACAAGUAUGAGUUGCGCUCGUGGUCUCUCAUUCGUCUUGCAUUUCAAACAUUUUGUUCAAAAUGCUGGCACAGUCCAGCGAUGAUAUUGCAUUGCAUCACGAAAGUGUCACGAGUAAAUACCACCAGGGCAGGGUCCAAUACCAGGAGGAACUUUGAAACCUCAGGCUAG